UAAUUCAUGAACACAUUAUAAAACCGAAAUUCAAUGUAGACAGGUGCGUCGCGAGGCCGGCGCGCGCGCAGUGCUCUUUAGUUUACAGCGUAAUGACUCGAUGCCGUUUCGCAUUUGUCGAUAUUGUUAUCGCCGUAGUUGGUUCUCUAUGAUUAAAUGAUUUGUACAGGUGUUGAGUUGUGGAACACUUGUGGCGACACUCGUUGAUAAAGGUUUCUAAAUAUCAGUGCCAUGGGAAAUACCUAGAACAAUUUGUGACCUACAUAAGUGUUGAGUUGGUGAAUGUAUAUUAAGUGUGAUCGCGGUGACAAAACUACUCCAACAUGGAUCGAUUUAGGCAAAAAACUAAGAAGGAAAAGCCGUUGAAACAUGUCGACAAGGACAACACUCCUUCAUUUAUCGCGGACGUGAAAUCUAUAAAGGAGAAUUUGAAGAUAAAAGAAAUACUUCGAACAGUGAAAAUGAAUAGCAGCAUGAGAGUUAAGGCGCCGCGAGGAAGUAAGGUGAUGAAUACCAAAGAUUUUAAUGACAACGAUGACCUUUUUGAUGAUGACUUAAACAGUGACUCGUCAGAGCAGCAACCAUCAGAAGAGCCUACGAGUGCAACAAAUCUUGAUGUGAUUGUUGCUGGCCAAGAAACAGAAAAUAACGACUCAGGUACUGGUAACGAAAGGUCCAUGGUUGGCGAUGUGCCAGAACUUGAAAUUCCUGAAAAGGAAAAUACUGGAGACAAGGAUGUUCAAAAGGUAGACUCUUUAAAAGGUAGUUCGGAGAAAAUACAAGAAACGCAGAUAGUUGAACAUCCUGAACCUGAAAUCCAACGAAAUCCACUUGAAAGUGAAGUCACUCUCAACCGCACAACAAGUCAUUACGCCACUCCUGACGUCAAGUUCCGCGUCGACAACGCGAAUCUGAAAAGUCGGGACAGAAAAUUAUCCCUUGACCAUACGAUGUUGUCUCGGCGGGAAGGUUUAUCGAAGUCUGAACUUGACCUUAAUUCAAUAGGAAAAUCCCCAUUGGAAAGAAAAUCUUCAUUCUUUAGAAAAAAGAUGGACAGCUUUCUUAAGAACACGACGGAAAUUUUUAAGAGGCAGUCUCAGGGUAGCAAACCUCAGGCCAUACAGCGCAAAGGUUCCAUGUCGGUGUCUCUUCAGUCAUUAAAUGAGAACACCGCAGACUACGGGAGCAUGAUGAAAAAUCAAGGUAGCAUUACGAGCCUGCAGUCGUCUUCAACAGUGGGAUGCAGUACUUCAAGUUUGUCGACGAACCACGGUCCACCUGCUGAGACUGACAGUCUGGCUGGCAGUCAACCAACACUGUCUGCCAGUCAACCCAUCGGUGACACCGCCUGUGACAGCGUCCACAGUCUGAAUGAAGCGUAUAUCCAGGAGUCGCUGCUGAACUCCCGCGCAAUAUCCAUGAGCUCCGGGCUUGACACCACCCAUAACACGCGAAGACGGAAAAACUCAAAUAGGUCUAAUCGGGUGACGUGGGUGGCUAGCGAGGGUCUCACGAAUUACUUCAGACGUAUUAUACAAGAUGAGAAGUCGGGGGAGAUGCAGGUGUGCCACUCCUAUUCGGACUUCACGACUAUACCUGAGAACGGGCUGUGCGGACCGCGGGUGGACUCCAAGGGGCGUAGGCUCUCCUACCAGCGCGCAGUCUCAGGCGAGGACCCUGUCAACCGCUACCAGGACACCAGUCUCCGCAGAAGACCUCUGAUACCAGAAAACUCUGAGGCAAACUACGAGCUAUCAAAUCUUCUGGCUGAGUUCACGAAGAAUGGGGUUCCGGCGCUCAAAGGAUUCUCCGUCGCGAAUGUUCCAGAUGAAGCGUUUGCAUAUCUGCACUGGGCGGAGCAUCCUCAGAAUUUAGAGGAGUUUUACGACUUAAAAAGGAAUGCGGAGAUCAAAGAAGACUUCCCAACAAAUAUAUCAGAGAAAGAAUGGGAGUGUAUAGAGAAAAUAUUACAAUGGGAACGUAAAAUAUUUUGGAAAACAAAGUUGCCUCCGAACGAGGAGUCGAGGCAGGCUGUGAUCCGCGAGCUGGUGAACACGGAAGCUGUGCACAUCAGGCACCUCAUGUCCAUCGUCGAGGUGUUUAUAGCGGCUGCGCAUGCAUUACAAGAUGCCGGGAAAAUGCUCGAUGUUGACACAGAACGAUUGUUCUCAAACAUUCCAGAUGUGCUCAAUGCCAGUUUAUACUUUUGGGAUAUUACUAUAUAUCCUAUGCUCGUGGAUGCCAUGGAAAAAUCCACCCCAUUUAAUACUGAAUUUAUGUCCAUGGGCUUCUGCCGUUUUCGUGAGAUAUUCGGUCCUUACGAGAAGUUUGUAAGCGAACAAACUAAAGCUCUGGACUACUUGCGCUCUCUAUCAAACAACACAGACUUUCAAAUGUACUUAUCAUGGUGCCACAGCCAGAAGGAAUGCAACAGGUUACAACUGGCGGAUAUCUUGGUGAAGCCCAUGCAACGCCUUACGAAAUACGGUCUGAUCCUGCGCAGGAUCAUAGCACACACUGAUACCGAGCCAGAGCGUACGUCACUCAUAGCGAUGGAAAACUUCGCAAAAAACUACGUUUUGGAUUUAAAUAGAUCCAUACGGCAGCGUGAAGAACUAGAAAAACUCGACAAUCUCGCAAACUCUAUUGAGAGUUAUGAAAUUGAAUUCAAAGACGAAGACUUAGACAGAUAUUUCAAAAUGUUUUCGCAGUUGAAUUUGAAAGCUCCAAUGGUGAAUUGCUUACCAACACACAGCCGGUCGAUCAUCCAUGAGGGUGAUCUACGGUUCAAAGAUAAUGUUAAAGAGAUGGAGGUCCGCGUUUUUCUUCUUACAGACAUGCUGCUCGUCUGCAAGAAGCAGACAAAGGGCCACCCAUUCAAAAUGAUUAGGCCAAAAUACAUGGUGGAGAAAAUGAUUUGUUUUCCCAAAUCCCACCCGAGAAACGCUAAAGAGGUAGUUUCACUGUCGUUUGUCAUCGUGGACGAAGUGGGAUCUUCACAUAAUGGAUUCACUUUCUACGAAACAUCAAAGGACCCUAGUUCUCAGAGCUCACUUAGGUUGUGGGAACAAAAAAUCCGGGAGGCUCGGCUUACAUACGAUCUUGGUGUGUGGUUCGCUAAGAAUCCAUCUCGCGACCUUUCGGAGGUGGAAAUGGACUCUUCAUCAGAAUACGGUGUGACUCUCAGUGGAAGCAGAACGGGUGUGAAACAGACUUCGGACGACAUUAACAUCGAGCGGGAGGCGCGGGAGAGAGUGGCAGCCAUGCUGCACCAUCGAAGCAUGGGAGCCUCCACCGAGUAUGACUUCUCACAAGCCUCCAUGAACACCGACUCCUUUGACGCUGCCGGCGAGGCAUCCCACACGAGCGGCGGGCGGACGCCGGGGCUGCACAAUCUGCGCCAUCCCAUGCACCGCAACUCCACUGGCGGCAGCUCCAAGAAUUCGCGUCUCUCCAGCUUCCACCAGUCUACCAGCGCGGCGUCACACGACGAGCCACAAAGCGGACCCAGUAAAAACAUUUACCGCGCCGGCAGUUCAGUCGAGCAUCUCAUACCACCGCUCAAUCCCGACGACACUGUCACCUCCAUCACCGUGAAUGUCGUGAGCGAGAGUGAAUCAGAAACUGUGGUGCCUACGCAACAACAGUCGCCCCAGAAGCCUGGAUCGCGGAGUCCGGGAUCAGGCAACACACUACGAGUGCAGCCGCCGUCCGGGGUGCUGACGCUGGUGCACAGCCUGCCCGACCUCACUAUCGAGCCGUCGCCCCCACGGCCCCCGCAGAGCGUGCCAGGUCCGCAGUCAGCGUCGGAGAAGUUGUACCAGUCGCACCAGGAGCUGCUGCAGCGCAACCGGCUGAGCGCCGUGGGCUCGCCACAGCAACAUCAUCAGUACCUCAGCCCCGACCAUCGGGGUACAAGCUACCCGCCGCCCAGCCCCACCAGGGCUUCCCUGAAGCGAGGUCUGGCUUUCUCGUAUUCCUUCAAGAACCCCCCGCUGUCCAAGAUGGGACACGUGAACAGUCAGUCUCAACUUCAGGCGGAGGCUGGUCCUUCCACCAGCCAGCAAGCGAAGGGCGAAAAAGGCGCAUCGAGUCCGGUGAUUGUGAAAUGCCCAAGUACAGAAAAAGUGGAGAAAAAAUCUAAACAAUUCAUCAGCAGCUCAUUCUUCAGCUCGGGUGGAUGGCACUCGAAACUGGAGGGAUGACAUUUAAGAGGCUGGAGGAUGAUGACGUUUACAAGGAACAAAGGUGCGAACCGGAACUCCCCCAGCCCAGCCCGCAAGGACGACAAGGUUGACUGACAGGAAGACAACGAGGAGCGAGACUGAAGCUCGAAGAAAAGAAAACUACCCAUACGAUGGCUUUACAGAUGGUGCUCGUAGUUUUCUAAACAUUCCUUAGGACGAUAUUAUUAGUGAUGGAUUAUACGGCAAGGAAAACCCCCCCUUAGCAUAAAACGAUAAAAAAUAUUCUUAAUAAACAAAAAUCUUAUAGAAUGAGUAUCGAAAUUGUGAUUCUAUGAUUAAAUUAGUACUUCGGGUUUGUGACGAAUUUAAGCAAAACACAAAAUUGUGAAAAGUUUUAUGUAAAUAAAAUUGAAUAUACUUACUUACUUAUCUUAAAAAUAAAUAUAUCUUAUACACCAGAAGAAUUAAUUUUCAUGGAAGUGUUACGUAUUUUAUAAUUGUAUAUUUAUUUGAUAAAUAUAUUUGGACGUUGAAACUAACUAUUUAUGGAAACAAAUAUUGAGAGAGUUGAGUGACACUUGUUACCUAAUUACUUUUAACUUAUUUAUUUAAAACAUUUUAAAUAUAUCUUCUUAAAAAUGUAAUCAAGUUGUAAUUGCUAUUUAAGAUGAAAAAUACACAUAGUUCAAUACAAUAUUAUGUCAGAAACAACACUUUAUGAAAAAAAAAUACAGUGGGAAGGUAUGUUAGAGUCUUCGUUGCGCAAAGUGACCAUUACGGAUUAAAUUGUACUUUAAUGAUAAAAUAGAAUAUUGGUAAACAAUAGUUCUUGGAUGACUUAGAACCUUAAGCUAAUAUUUAUCCCUCGAACCUAUUUCUCAUGUAAAGUGCACUCCACACCUUAAGCGUCGGCUGUACGUGCGUUUUCCCGUUGAGUAUCACGCAGAGAAAGCGCAAUAGGCAGGCAUACUAAUAUAUUCUACACCGCGUCCUUGGAACAGCUAACAAAUACAAGUUGACAAACACGAUGUUAGUGUGGAUUGCACCUUCCAAUCUAUAAUGUAAAACGUAUUUCCGGCUCACAAACCUACCUGUACCUAUAAAAUAUAAUAAUAGAAAUCUGUAAUUAAAUGCAAUAAGUAAUACAUUGCUAGUAUUAUAAUGUUCGUUAGUGAUAUUAAAAAACUUCUAUAUUAAGAAAUACUUAUGCAUAAUCAAAUGCAUUUUAGCGAAGGUUUUUAUAUUUGGAAGUACCCGCUUAGUAACAGGCAGAGAAUGGAUGUAUUUCAAUUUAUUGAGGUAAAUUCGUACAUACCACUGCCCGUUUGAAGCGGAUCCCGUUGCACUGGAUUUUGCAUAAGUGCCAGAAUAGCAUCUGACACUAAUGUGCAGUAUGAAUGACUCGCGCGACUACUACACGAAUACCUACUGUUUGCUCCCCGGAGGUACCACACGAGCCUCGGACAUGUACGGAUAGACCUUUGGUGUAAAAUAAAAUGUAGCAAUAUAUUUACAAAUAAGCACUCGCCCCGCGAGACUUGGUAAAGUAAUAAAAUAGUCUUAACAAUGGUUAUAGUGAUUUACCUAAUACUAAUAUUUUCUUGUGAAAGUUACCUGUUGUGAUCUUACGAUAUUAUAAAAUGUGCCGUUGCGUCGCGUAGGGUCGUAUGGUCCCUGUGUGGCACGCUGCCUCCUCAUGUAAGUAAUUAUAUAUUAACUCCACCAGCGCCGAACAGCAAGAAGUCAGCGAGUCGGCAGCUCGUUGGAUGGAUGCGCAAACCUUACACACACAGUCAGUGUUAUUGUGUGGCUUAAAUAUAGCGACCUAACAAUAGAUAUAUAUAAUAAAGUAAGUAGGUCUUAUAUUAAUAGGUGAUAACCUCCGAACCGAGGCGGCGCUAUGCCUAUAGCGAGCAAGGACUCAAAACUUUAUAUUUAAAUGCAUGUUAUUGCCAAAUUCAAAUGAUUCUAUAGGUAAACAUAUUUAGGCUGAAGUUUCAGAAUGUAAAGUAGAUCUUGUGUCUUGUUAUUUUAAUAUCUUGAUGCAAUAAAAUAUAUUGCACUGUAAGUUAAAUACCGCUCAGAAGCAGGUACUUUCACAAAUAAUUAUAUUGUCGUAUGCUCGACAUUAGGUGAGAUUUCUUGUAUUUGAUAAGGCAGCUAUUGCGUCAGCCGACUGAAACGAACGGUUGUUGUGCUAUUUCGAGAGCGUUAUUAAAUUAGGCGGACUCUAUGAGAUGCGCGUUAAGUAUUAUUUGAGGAAUUAAUGAUAGAAAGUGAACUGAGUUCAACUUCGAAGGCCUUUUCAUGACAAGAUAAAAGUAAGACAUAGCUGUGCAUAUUUUUCUUAAUGUGUCUUUGUAGUGGUUCAGAAAAUUGUAAUAAUGCUAAGAGAGAGUUGAAUUUACGACAAAAUUUUGUACUCACAUUUGUACGACCAAUUUUUCAACUAAAAUUAUAUUUAGCAUUAUUAUCGCUCAGCAUGGCGUACAUGCAAAUAUCUUAGUGAAUGUUAUUUACCACAUAUUGAAACUUAUAAAAAUUGUGUAAAAAAGUAUACAUCAUGUAAUACACACAGAAAAGGUAUAUGUAAUAGAUUCUUUACAGUUCCAUAAUAAUUUUAUUCAGUUUAGCUAUUAUCAUUUGUGAUAUUCCAAAUCAAAGACACAAAUAUUUAAAAACGGCGCAGCGUAAGCACUUGGCUCGAUAACAGCUCUUUUGAUUUGGAUUAUUGCAUUUAAAUAUUUAAGUACAUAAGAUUCAGAAAUAUUAUUAGUCAGAUUUGAAAUUAUAGAUGAACUGCAAGUGUAACGGCAAAAGUAGGUAAUAGUAAGCAGUCAUAACAUAGCCUAACGUAGCCUACGGGUUGGGAGAUAUUAUUACCUACAGAUAUUUUCAUUGUUUACUUAAUAAAUUGUAAUCGUCUAUUUGCAUUUGUUAGGGUUCUAUCUAGAUAUAUGUAAUGCUGCAGACUCAAACUUCUGUAAUUUACCUGUCUGAAAGUCGUAACUCCUAUGUUCCUAUCCUGUUGUCCCUUUUGUGAUUUUAUAUAGGAUCUAUCAUGUUCAAAAUGUUAUCGCAAUUAGUUUUACAAAUACAAUCUGUAUUCCACUGACCUUAGAUUAACUAUAAGAAAAUAAAUGUGGUUAAUACACGAGGUUAAUACUUA